AUGGCACCCAAGGCGAGCCCGGGAGCUGAGAUUGAUAAGAAUAUGACUGAACUUCGUGAGAGAGUAGCUAAGCUUGAGGAGAAAGUGGCUGCUCUUCGGAAAUCGUCUCCCCCGCGGACAGCACAGACGACGAAACCCGACUAUCCGUUGGCGAUGGUGAGUGCAGAGUUGGCCACCAUGUCAGGAAACGAAUCGAGCGCCGACAAUGCUACAGGCAACCCAACUGCUUCCUCCAGCCCUGCAACGGACUCUGAGAAAAGAGAUCUCGUUGGUCUCUACGCUCUUCUCUUCUCCGGCCACUUCAAACGGUUCAAAGACGAGCCGGAGCGCAUGGAGUUUAUAAACACAGAGGUCUUGUACCGCGCCAGGUUUCGCCGCAGCUACCCCAGCAUCCGAGCGAUGCACGCAGACUACGAUCUAAUGCUGCCUCGAUACCUUGCCCACAGCCCAAACGUGUUGGAAAGAGUCGGCGACGAGCUCAACAAGUUCGCCGAAGUGGAAGACUACUGGUGGCCUAAAUGUGUUCACCUGCCCCGACUACGCCAGCUGGGCGUGAUCGAGACGGCCAGGAUUUUUUCAAACUGGAUAAUAGACCGGUCAACCAGACUGUGGUGA